AUGUUACUCCUUCUGCUCUACAUUGUGGCAUGCACCCUGUUUCAUUUACAGGGUGCUACAGCACUUCCUCAGGGAGUAACCCCGUCUCAAGUCUCGAGCGAAGUAUCCGCCACACCCACAGGAAUGUCUGUUGUGGGGAAUGAAAGAAUUUGUGACUUUGAUACGAUGAACGAUUUCUUCGAUUACACGAAAAGGAACGGUCUAAACAUCACCGUGGAGGUCCAGAACUGCCAGAAUCUGUGCUUGCUCACGUACGGGGUUGGAAACCCCGAUCUUUCUGGGAUCGGCAUGAUGUAUGCAUAUAGCAUACAAACUGGACUCACUAUCCUCGUCGGUCCUGUUUAUCGUAUGCUCUAUCACACCCUAGCGCCAGCGAGCCACUUCGUCCGAGACUUAAGAGACAUUCAAACGAAUUUCUUCUCCUCGAAUGGCUUCUUCGUCGGUUCAUCUGCCCUAGCCACGCUCGCAAACCUAUCACAGAACCCAUCUACCUUUGAGAUUGCCGAGAUGCAGGCCAUGGCAUUUCUGCAAGUCAACAGCAUCCUCGUGACUUUCUUCUGUCUGAUCGUCGCGCAACCAAUUUCGCGCUGGGCUGCGCGGGUGCUGCUAUAUUUUAUAGUGUUUGUCCUCGUGCUUGUCGCCCUUGGCCGUAGCCACCUAGGCAGCGACAGUAGGGAAAACUGGAGACUUGCCUCUGAUGGCUGCGCGCACAGCUCAACAGACUAUAGCGUCAUAAACCCCAUCCCGUAUCCAUCAUGGACUGUCGUUAUCUUUGCUGUCGCGGGUACGAUGGCGUUCUGGAUACAAUCUCUUAAAGAGAAAUUCCAGACGGACAAGUUACGCAAGUCGAUGUUUAGGUUACUGAUCCUGUUUUGGGUCAUGUUGAUUGGACUCUUGACUGCAGGCAUGGUGGUUGGGCUAACGAUGAUGUGGCGACAACGAAGGCAUUUACGAAGCUUGGCGAGAGACCAAUUUGAGGACGAUCAGUGGGGAUUCGGACAGAUUGCUGCUUUGACGAUCUGGGCACCCAUUCCGGUUGAAUUGCUCUAUAUUCUGAAUGACUUGGCCCAACGGAAAUCCGAACGAUGGAAUCACUUGAAUAAGGUCAUUAGCGUUUUCUUCUCUCCGAAGGCUUUGCAGGAAGACCAAGGUACACCCAGCUCCAACCCACAACCCGAAAUGAAAGACCAGGGUGGACGGGGACGUUGA